AUAUUCUCAUCAUCGCUAAAGAGUUUGGUAAAAACCCAAAUGGCACCUUCCUUAACACCAAUCAGAUCACACCACGUGGCAGUCAUCGGCGCCGGAGCCGCCGGAUUAGUCGCGGCGCGAGAGCUCCGGCGAGAAGGUCACUCGGUGGUCGUUUUCGAGAGACAAAAACAAGUCGGAGGAACCUGGAUCUACACCGAUCAUACCGAACCCGAUCCGUUAAGCGUUGACCCGACCCGAUCCGUUGUUCAUUCGAGCGUCUAUGGCUCUCUCCGAACUAAUCUCCCCCGAGAGUGUAUGGGAUACAGAGACUUCCCGUUCGUGGUUCGUUCCGGUGUAUCGAAAUCUCGAGAUCAGAGGAGGUUUCCGAGUCAUGGUGAAGUUUUGGCGUAUUUGCAAGAUUUCGCCAAGGAGUUUGCGAUUGAGGAGAUGGUUAGGUUUGAGACGGCGGUUCUGAAGGUUGCUCCGGCGGUGGAAGAAGGAACCGGAAAAUGGAGGAUUGAAUCUACGGAGAAGGAGAAGAAAGAGCUUCGUGAUGAGAUUUACGAUGCUGUUGUUGUUUGUAAUGGACAUUACAUUGAACCUCGUCUUGCUGAAAUUCCUGGUAAUCUAAUCUCCAUUGAUUCAUCGAAUUGGAACAGUGAGAAGUGUGAUUGUGAUUUUGUAUUUUGGAAACUUUUAGGGAUAAGUUCUUGGCCAGGGAAGGAGAUGCAUAGUCAUAAUUAUCGUAUUCCAGAACCAUUCAAAGAUCAGGUUGUUGUGCUUAUAGGGAACUCUGCAAGUGCUGAUGAUAUAAGUAGGGAUAUUGCUAGAGUUGCCAAAGAAGUUCAUGUGGCUUGUAGGUCAAAUGCAGCUGAUACCUUUAUCAAGCGGUCUGGUUACAGUAAUCUAUGGAUGCAUUCAAUGAUUGAGUGUGUCCAUCAGGAUGGUUCAUUGCUUUUUCAGAACGGGAAAACUAUUUCGGUUGAUGUUAUUAUGCAUUGCACUGGGUAUAAGUAUCACUUCCCGUUUCUUGAAACCAAUGGAAAUGUUACGGUAGAUGAUAACCGUGUCGGGCCAUUGUACAAAGACGUCUUCCCUCCAGAAUUCGCACCGUGGCUCUCCUUCGUUGGGAUACCAUGGAAGGUUGUACCUUUUCCUAUGUUUGAGCUGCAAAGCAAGUGGAUUGCAGGUGUUUUGUCAGGUCGAAUCCCACUGCCCUCUAAGGAAGAUAUGAUGAUAGAAAUCAAAACCUUAUACUCCACACUCGAAGCCGCAGGGAUUGCAAAGCGAUAUACUCACCAGAUGGGGAUUACUCAAUUUGAGUACAAUAAUUGGUUGGCUUCACAAUGUGGAUGCCCGGAAACAGAGGAAUGGCGGAAAGAGAUGUAUUUCAAGACUGGUGCGAGGAAGAGAGCCCAUCCAGAGACGUAUAGAGACGAAUGGGAAGAUCAUAACUUAGUUUCUCAAGCUUAUCAAGAUUUCUCUCUGUACCCAUAAACAAAAAAAAGUCUGAGAA